AUGUCGACACUCAUGAUGACCGCCAAUAAUCAAAACCACCACUCUCAAGAUGGUACAGCAUCGCUCCAACAAGCCUUCAACAACAUGCAACCCUUCGGAACCAAUCAACAACAAGAAUUUGAUGCCAAUGAAAUCAUCAAACAAGCCAUGGAAAAGUGUAAUCGACUCUUCAUGGAUAUGGAAAACUUUGAACAAAAUUUACGGGCAUGGUCCAAUAACAAGAUGAAUGGUUUUCAAAAGGCCGUGAGUGCACAAACGCAAAUGUUUCAAAAUUGUCAAAAUACGAUUCAAAACUUGCGAGGUAAAAUUGAGAAGGCCAAUGAAAAGAGACAAGUCGUGGAAGAGAAUUUGAAACAAAAUUAUGAAAUUGUGGGACAAUUGGAACAACAGUUGGAAGAACGAACUCAAUACAAUGAAGAAUUACCUGAGAUUUUGAAAAAUCGAUUAGCAGAAUUGGAACGAUACAAACAAGCAGCCGAACAACAGCAAGAGAAGAAUAGAAACCUCAAAAAACUCUAUGACGAACACAGUGAAUUGUUGGCCAUGAGGUUACAAAAUUCGUACUUUAGCGAAAAUCUUGGAAUAUUCUUUGAGAGAUGUGAACGCAAUGGUGUUCCUAGUUUGAUUGUUUCGUUCAAAAUUCAAGGUAUGGAACGACUUGGCCUCGAACAGUGUUACUUUGUUUUGAGCGUGACUGACGGUAUUUAUUCAGUGCAAGAAUGUGCUCCAUCGGUACCGAGUGAUGACCUCAUCGAUACGUUGAAUCAAACCAAUCAAUUUGGACGAUUUAUUGUGUGCUUUAGAAAACGUUUCAAGACCUACAUUGUUUCGAAACAUAACCAUCAUUAA